AUGAGUUGGGUCAACUUGCUCCCCAUGGUUACUGCGUUUGUGGCCUUUAUCCUAAGCAUAUUAUGUCUCUUCGCUGGGACCCAGACAAAUCUGCUUGGCGCAGUGGAUAUCUUUACACUGUAUACACCAACAGUCGGAAAGCACAAGGGUGCGAAUGACUUUUACUCCAUGCAUGUGAUGUCCCACUGUGAGGGGGUCAGGGAAGAGGAGAAGAACCAUGUUAAGAACUGCUCCAAACGCUCCAUGCUCUUCUCGUUUAAUCCAUCAAAAGUACUGUCGGAGGAGACGGGGAACACUUCGCCAUCUGACUUGGGAUGGCCCCGUGCCAUCACUGAGGACUUUCAUGCCUUCAGCGUCACCAGCCAAAGUUUGGGAGUGUUUUACUGCAUAGGACUGGGAUUCGCGGGGUUAGUGAUCCUGGAGAGGCUGUGGUCAGUUAUCCUUCGGGGGAGAGGGAGGCAGCUGUCGGUAAUAGAGCUUGUUUUGUUGUUGCUCAGCUUCGUCAUGAUCAGCAUUGCAUCCAUUAUCACGACGGUCAUCGCAUUCCAGUUUGUGAACUUGAUCAAUUACCAUGGGGAAGAAGCAGGUGUAACGGCCAAGUAUGGAAGCCAAUUUUUGGCCAUGACGUGGGCUGCCGCCGGGCUGUUGAUGGUGGGCAGUGUGACGAGUUUGGCCGAUGUGUUGCUGUGUCGAAGCCGAGUCGAAACAGGACGGGGAUUCCUUAAAUCAGAGCUUGUAAUCGGGGAUGACCGUUCGGUGAGGUCAAGGGAAUGA